UUUCCAUAGCCACACCCCCUUCAUGAAUAAAUUGAACUUCUUUCUCUUCUUUGCUUCUCAUUAUCUCAAUAAUAUUCUCUCUCCCUCUCUCUCUCGCUCUCUCUGGCUAGCUCGCUUGCUGAAAUGGAAGUGGGUAGUGUCAUGCAUUUUCUUGAGAACAAGACAAUAUUGGUAGCUGGCGCCACUGGAUUUCUAGCAAAGAUUUUCGUGGAAAAGAUACUUAGGGCUCAGCCUAACGUGAAGAAGCUCUAUCUUCUUCUGAGAGCGGGAGAUGCCAAGUUGGCCUCAAAAAGGUUGCAUGGCGAGGUGAUAGCGAAGGAGUUGUUUAGGGUUCUGAGAGGGGAAAUGGGGGCAGACAUGAAUUCAUUUAUCAUGGAAAAGAUGAUUCCAGUGGCUGGUGACAUUACAUUCGAGAACUUGGGUGUGAAAGACUCGUAUCUGAUGGAAGCCAUGUGGAGCCAAGUAGAUGUUGUUGUUAACUUAGCCGCAACAACCAACUUCGAUGAAAGGUAUGACGUCGCGCUUCGUCUCAACACUCUAGGGGCCAUGCAUGUUUUGAAUUUUGCAAAGAAAUGCUCUAAAAUAAAGCUUCUUCUCCAUGUUUCUACAGCUUAUGUAUCAGGCGAAAGGGCUGGAAUAAUAUUAGAAAAACCCUACUUCAUGGGAGAGACACUUAAUGGGACAACUGGGUUAGAUAUUGACAUGGAGAAGAAAGUCAUUCAGGAGAGGCUGAGCAAGCUACAAGCAGAUGAGGCCACAGAAGGAGAAAUUACAUUAGCAAUGAAGGAUUUGGGCCUUCAAAGAGCAAGGAAGUAUGGAUGGCCAAACACAUACGUAUUUACAAAGGCAAUGGGAGAGAUGAUUUUGGGGCAAAUGAAAGACAAUCUUCCCCUUGUCAUUAUCCGCCCCACCAUCAUCACUAGUACUUACAAAGAGCCUUUCCCAGGUUGGGUUGAAGGAGUUAGAACAAUCGACAGCUUAGCAGUUGGCUAUGGCAAAGGAAAACUGACAUGCUUCCUUGGAGAUACUAAAUCUAUUAUUGAUGUGAUCCCGGCUGACAUGGUGGUUAACUCGAUGAUCGUGGCCAUGGCGGCGCAUGCAAAUGAAGUUGGAGAGAUGAUAUACCAAGUGGGGUCUUCGUUUGCCAAUCCUCUCACGGUCGAUAGUUUCCACAAUUAUGGGCUUCGUUACUUCACCAAGCAUCCAUGGAUUGGUAAGGAUGGGAAGCCUGUCAAAGUUGGCAAAGUUAGGGUUCUCAGCUCCAUGGCUAGCUUCCAAACUUACAUGGCCAUUCACUACUUGCUUCCCCUCAAGGGGUUGGAAUUAAUAAACGCAGCAUUCUGUCAAUACUUUCAAAGAAUGUAUCUUGACAUUCAUCGUAAAAUCGGUUUUGUGAUGCGAUUGGCAGAUCUUUACCAACCCUACUUGUUCUUUAAGGGCAUAUUCGAUGACAUAAACCUUGAGAAGUUGAGAAUGGCGGCAGAAGAGGACGGUGCUGAGACAGAUGUGUUCUACUUUGAUCCUAAGAUCAUCAACUGGGAAAACUACUUCUUGAAAACUCACUUUCCUGGCGUUGUUAAAUAUGUUUUCAAGUGAUCCAUGAUCGAUUCACAAGGAAUAUGUUUGUGUUCGUAGAUUGGUACGCUCACAUCCUCAUCAUUUGUUUUAAGGGUAAGUGUUGCCAGUGUGAUGAAACUUAAAGACCAUUUCACUCAAUUGCAUUAAUUUAUUUGUCACUGUAUUUGUAACUAGGCAUUCCAAUCCAAAUGCCACAAUAUCAUUCAAAUUAAGGGAUUGUCUGUGUUCCUUCCUUAUUAUGUACUCAGAGAUUACUUAAUGUAACAAUUAAACACCAUCUAUAAAGCACUCUGUUCUUUUUCUUUA